CGAGUCUUUAGUUAUAAAUCGCAACCGAACACGGAGAUCGAACAUUACGAACCCCCCAAUACCAAGAUUUUCUGGAUCAUCAUCAAUCAAUAUAUUGUGGUUGCAUAUGACAAGACCCGGACGCGGUUAAAAGGUGAAAAAAGGGACGGGGAUCUGACGCGGUGGGGGGAAGGGAGAGACCGUGAGAGGACUCACAGAGGGAGUGAGAGACGGACGAACGACGCAAACAGAAGCCGAAACAAGAGCUUUGGACCGUCGCACGUUCCGCCCAAAACGCCCACAUUCACUCCGCUCAUUCAUUUUCCUUUUCGUCCGACACGAGCACCGUCCCUGCGCUGUCAACUGUUCAGCUUCAUUCGGCAGCCUCUGCUCUCCCAAAUUCGCUUGGCAAUCUCUACGGGCCGAUGGUGUUUCAUGAUAGAUAUCGAGGAAGAGAUUCGAGCUCUGCAGCUUGACUUAGCAGAAGAUAAUAAUGGUCUUCCCAAUGCUGAGGAUGUGAAGGUAAAAGAAGCAGGGAAGGUGGACAAAAUGGAUGAAGAUAUAAAAGAUGAUAUACGUGAAAAAGCUCAGCCACUGCAGACUGAACCUAAGGGUAAAGAAAAGGAAUUAUCUGUUCCAGAAGUUGAUGAACAAGAGGAAAUGGAAGUGGACAAAAAGCGACAUCUGAAUGUUGUCUUUAUUGGUCAUGUUGAUGCUGGUAAAUCAACGACUGGAGGGCAGAUACUCUUCUUAAGUGGUCAGGUUGAUGAUCGUACGAUCCAAAAGUACGAGAAAGAGGCUAAGGAUAAAAGUAGAGAAAGUUGGUACAUGGCAUAUAUCAUGGACACAAAUGAAGAGGAGAGAGCCAAGGGGAAAACAGUUGAGGUUGGAAGGGCAUAUUUUGAAACAGAGAGCACUAGAUUUACGAUUCUUGAUGCCCCAGGUCAUAAGAGUUAUGUUCCAAACAUGAUUAUGGGGGCAUCCCAGGCCGAUAUUGGUGUGCUGGUAAUUUCUGCUCGAAAGGGUGAAUUCGAGACUGGGUAUGAGAAAGGUGGACAGACCCGUGAACAUGUCAUGCUUGCAAAAACUUUGGGCGUGUCUAAGCUCCUUGUUGUAGUGAACAAAAUGGAUGAUCCCACUGUGAAUUGGUCAAAAGAAAGGUAUGAUGAAAUCGAAUCUAAGAUGAUACCAUUCCUAAGGUCUUCUGGUUACAAUGUGAAGAAAGAUGUUCAGUUUCUGCCAAUUUCUGGCCUCUUUGGUUCAAACAUGAAGACCAGAGUGGACAAAAGUGUAUGUUCUUGGUGGAACGGUCCCUGUCUCUUUAAAGCCCUCGAUGCUAUUGAGGGCCCUCCACGUGAUCCUAAGGGUCCUUUCAGGAUGCCCAUACUUGACAAAUUCAAGGACAUGGGGACUGUUGUUAUGGGUAAAGUAGAAUCAGGAAGUAUACGUGAGGGUGAUUCAUUGAUUGUCAUGCCAAAUAAGGCUCAUGUGAAGGUAAUUGGUAUAUACUGCGACGAAAACAAGGUUAGACACGCAGGGCCUGGUGAGAAUCUUCGUAUCAGAUUAUCUGGGAUUGAAGAAGAGGACAUAUUAGCGGGGUUUGUCUUGUCAAGUGUUGCGAAACCAAUUUCUGCUGUCACUGAGUUUGUUGCUCAGCUCCAAAUCCUUGAGUUGUUAGACAAUGCAAUUUUCACUGCGGGUUACAAGGCUGUCUUGCAUAUUCAUUCCGUUGUCGAGGAAUGUGAGAUUGUUGAGCUGCUACAACAGAUUGAUCCAAAGACAAAGAAGCCCAUGAAAAAGAAAGUUCUCUUUGUAAAGUCCAACGCUGUUGUCGUAUGUCGCGUUCAGGUGAAUAACAUGAUAUGUGUGGAGAAGUUCUCUGAUUUCCCGCAGCUUGGGAGGUUCACUCUUCGCACUGAAGGAAAGACAGUUGCGGUCGGGAAAGUCACUGAUCUACCUUCCGUUGCUAAAUCUUAAGUCUAUUUUGGUGAGGCUGCUACUGCUUUCAGUAUGGGAAUGAUGUCUCACAUCUCCGGGGUGAAGCCUUUUGAAUUGUAUCAUAACGGAGAGAGCCAGUGAUUUUUUCUUUGCUGGUUCGGAGCAGAGUGAGGAUGUCUUCUUUUAGAGGGGCAAGACUCCCAUGAUGUUUGAAAGAAUUGAACAUAUACAGCAUUUAUGAAUCUUUUGCAGGCCGCAAAUUCCUUUUAAGGAGUCCAGUUUUGUUCCAUCAAACACUUAAUGCUUAUAAACAUUACAUUAUAUUCUGCAUCA